CACCGUCUUCAGGAUGUACUUUUAAUCUGCGUGAAUGCCAAAUAGCGGUUGGCUCACAAACACACGGGGCGACACUUCAUCUUUCCGGAGGAAACGGAAGGUUAAUCGCGACAUAAAUGCACAUUUUUAAUACAUUUAAUACAUUUCCUGCAACCUUCAUCGUGUAUCACGUUAUUAAUGACUGUGUUGUAUUUCUAAGUUAAUGUUUGUGCGCAAAUAAUGGUAAAUUAGAGCGGUCACGGCACGUCAGACACAAACCCCGCUCAGAAGAACACAGGGAGAGUGACAAGGACGGGGAGAGGGAGAAAGAAAGGGGAGGGGAACUGACAUUAAAGCAACACAACAAGGAAACUACACUGCAGAGCCACAGACGCCUUCAUUUUAUGUUUUUGAAUAAUAGCCGGAGCUAGUGGAGGCGAAGUGUAUCUUCUAUCUCAAACCUGCCCGGAGCUUAACCCCCUUUACACAGCGAGCAAGUGGUCCUGGAGAAAAAUAAAAGAGGAGCAGCUCCGAGUUGGAUUUAAAAGGCGCUUCUCCGACGCUUUUCUUUUUUUUUUUUUGAGAUAUGGGCUCGGAGCCACCCAGCUCUCCACAGGUGGUGGAGGAUGGAGGAGAGGAGGAUGAGGAAGAGCUGAGUGGAGGGGAGGAGGCAGAUCUGCGAUCCAGCUCCGGCCGGGGAUCCCUGCUGACCCGGAGAGGCAUCACCCUGAGGGUGCUGCUAAAGGACGGACUGGUGGAGCCCGGAGAUGGAGUGCUCGCCAUCCAUUACCUGGGUAAAAACUUUGUAGGAGACCUGUUGAAUGAUGGGAAAAUCAGGUGGGUAGAGACGGGCCAGAUCUUCAACUCCCCGAGUGCCUGGGCAACACACUGCAAACGUCUGGUCAACCCAGCCAAGAAGUCUGGCUGUGGCUGGGCAUCUGUACGCUACCGGGGACAGAAGCUGGUCCAGUACAAAACCACCUGGCUGCAUAAGUACCAACCCAGCGCAGACAUGAGCCUGGUGAGUGAGGAAGACGAUGACGAGGACGAAGAGGAAGGGAAGACAGCUGUGCAGCCAGAUGAGAAGACCAAGAACAACAAACCAGGAUUAAACGACGUAAUGGUUUCACGCAGAACUGACAGAGAGAGAAUUCCUGUCAGAUAUUGCACCUUGGGCACCAGGGAUGCUACCAGAGAUCCGCACACGCUGGUGGAGCUGUCAGCCUUCUCAGCCAUCAACAGAUUCCAGCCUUUUAAUGUAGCCGUGUCCAGUAAUGUACUGCUGCUAAUGGACUUCCACUGUCACCUGACCACCAGUGAGGUGGUGGGAUACCUCGGAGGACGAUGGGAUACCAACACACAACUGCUGACAGUCUUAAGGGCAUUUCCCUGUCGGACCAGGCUGGCAGACCGAGACUCUGCUUCUGCUGUUGAAGAGGAGAUCUGUCAGAACCUCUUCAUGCGUGGGCUGUCGUUGGUGGGCUGGUACCACAGUCACCCGCGAGGACCGGCUCUGCCGUCGCUGCAGGACAUCGACUCCCAGAUGGAUCAUCAGCUGAGGCUGCAGGGUUCAAAUAAUGGCUUCCAGCCCUGCCUGGGCAUCAUCUGUGGUCCUUAUUAUCACGGCAAUCAAGGUGUGGCGUCCACAAUAACUCCAUUCUGGGUCGUACCACCACCUGAGGUGAGGACGCUUAAAGAAUUGAAACAACGGCCUAAUGACUACGGUAUCCCUGUGGCUGUAGAGGUCACCUACGUACAGGACAACUUUCUCACCAGUGAUGUUCUUAAUGAAAUGAUGCUGCUGGUUGACUACUACAGGGCAGCUCCCGACCUCGUCCAGUUCAGCCAGUACUGGUGUCCUGAUACGACCAUGAUGGACAAAAUUAAGGGCUCUCUGAGUUGCCACGCGCCGAAAGACCAAGCCUACUCUCAGAUCUUGGAGCAUGUCUACAGUCAGCUGUGCAACAUGCACUGAGUGGAUCUGCUGUGCAUGCGAGCAUGUGGCCGCUCUCCAUCUCAAAGUCUUUCCAUUUGAAACACCUUUUUGUGCAGAGCUGACAGGACUGCACAUGUACAAUGUAAAACCCUGCUUGAAAAAACAUACGUAAGAAAAAAUGUAGAUGCCUUGAAUUCUCUUAUGUUUGAGUGAUGCUUAUUUUUUGAAAACUGGUGAGUUAAAAAGUGCUAAAUCUGUGAUACUAGUAGCUUAUAUUUACCACUGACGAAAAAAGAGAAAUAUACAAUUGAUCACACAGAACCAGACAUCACCGGAUCAGGAAGACGAGUGUUAAAGUAUUUUAUAAAAAGGGACACUAAAUGGAAGCAUUUCACAGAUCAGAAAUCAGCCUGGCUGUCCGGCCUCUUAACUUUUACACAUGGACCUAUGUGCCUAUCUGUGCCAGUAUCCAGUGCUAUGACGAGGAUAUUGCCAGAUACGUACAAUGUAAACUUUUAACGUGUUGUAUUUGCCUUCAUAGACUAAACUAAUGGAGCAGUGGUCAGGGUAAAAGAGUGAAAAUGAGUAGUGCAAAUAUAUACUACAUUAGCAAAUGAUGCAAACGUGUCUUGGUUUGACCUAAACUGUAUUCUGCAAUAGGUUUUGUGAAUGUUUGUGUUCCUCAAGUCAAAUUGGACAGUCGCAAUGUGGUGCAAAUAACUUCCAUUGUGCCAAGAAAACUUUUUGUAAUGAACCUCUGUGUGUGUCUGUAUGUGUGUGUGAGAGAGAGAGGGUGCACUGUGUUGUGAAUGUGCCCCUCUACUGUCUCCCUGUUGGGCUACAUGAGACAUGAGUCCUGUUGGUUAGGACAUAAUUGCUUCCUCUUUACCUGUACUGUAUUUAUUACAAACUGUGGAUUGUGUGAUGUACAUGUACGAAGACAGAGCAAUGCCUUAAGCCUGCUGAUGAUCCACAAAGCAUUAAACUAUAAACACUGGAACUAUUUAAA